AUGCCGCGCGGCCCGCGUCGCGACGGUCUCGACGCCCCCCCUCGAGUCAUAGCCCCUUCUCCUCCUCCAUCGCCUCGAGGCCCUCGAGGCACCAGCAGCUCCGUCCCUUCAGCCACAACGCGCCAGCGAUUCGGUCAACAGGAAGAUUUCCUGCUCCUGCAGCAGGUGCAGCGGGGCGCUCCAUACAAGGCGCAGCAUGGGACGAUCCAAAGGACGUGGGACCGCGUGGCCGAGCAGCUGAACGCGCAUCCGGAUUUCCACAUGCGGUUGGUGAAGGGGUCGACGGUGAAGGCGCGGUUCGAUACGCUCUUGAGUCGCCAUCGGGAGCGGGUGGGGGGGAGAGCGAUGGGGAUGCAGGGGGAAGGACGUUGUGACGAGGGAGAGGGUGAAGGGGGCGAGGAGAGAGAGGGGAGGGAGAGGAGGAGGAGGAGCCAGCGGGACGGUCCGUUUUGGGGCCUGAUGGCGGAAGUGGUCAAGCAGAUUGACGAGAUUCCGGCGAAGGAGGGAGACAGAACUCUACUGGAUGGUAGCGGAGGCAGGGGAGAUGCACGAGGUGAUCGAGGCUAUGGGCUGCAGAGGAAGAGGGUUUAUAAGGAGGAGGAGGGGGAGGAGGAGAAGGCGUCCUGUCGACUGGGCAGACAUCGAGGAGGUUCGAGUGGGGCUGGAGUCCUGGAUGGAGAGCGGUGGAGGAUGAUGGCACGAGACGGCGUUGAUGCUCGAGUGUCGUCGUCUUUGCACGUUCGUGAUGAUUCGGUGGCGAAUGGUGUUGUAGGAAGAAGUAGUGGAGGGGUUGAAGACGAAGCGGCUGGUGGGGUGUCUUUACCGGGCGGUCGAGAAACUCCGGACUUGGCGACAGUGCAGCAAGCGAUGGGCGAGUUGUUGAAAAUGCAGCACGUGUUGGCUACGAGGCCAAGUGAGGGUGGUCUUGUGACGGCGCUGGGAUUGAUGAACGAGGCGAGACUGCGCGAGGAGGAGGAGAAAACCAAGCAGCGCGAUCUGGAGCUUCUGGUAGAGAAGCAACGCACGAAACGGCGACAGAUGGAGCUGGACUUUGAGCGAAACGAGCGCAAGAAAGACCGUGAGGAACAAGCCAAGUUGAUUGCAAGCUUACUCGAGCGUCUGCAGUCGGCACAUAAUUAA